AUGAAUAAUUUAUUGUAUUUAUAUAUUAUUGGAGGCACACUAGUUGGGGUUACGUGCCUCUAUUUUUUGAAGCAAUACAUUAAUGGAGGAGUCUGCAAAGUCAGGAAAGAUAUGACUGGGAAGGUAGUUUUGAUAACAGGUGGCAACGCUGGAAUUGGAGCAGAAACUGCUAAAAAGCUAGGAGAGAUGGGUGCUGAUAUAAUAAUUGGUUGUCGAGAUCUAUUUAAGGCUUAGCAAAUCCUAGAUCAAAUAAGGUCGGAAUCAAGAGGGAAUUAGAGACUUGUAAUGUUGAAGCUUGAUCUCACUGAUCUUAGAGACAUUGACUCCUUUGUUUAAUAAUUCAAAGCACUAAAUAUCUAGCAUAUAGAUGUUUUAAUAAACAAUGCAGGAAUUAUGGCACCAAAGGAAUACAAGAUUAGUAAACAGGGAUUCGAAAUUCAAUUUGGAACAAAUCAUAUUGGUCACUUUUACUUAGGUCAAAAAUUACUACCAUUUUUAAAAAAUUCCUAAAAUCCAAGAUUAGUGAAUGUCUCAUCUAUGGCUCAUAAAUCUAGUGAUGGUUUUGAUCUAAACGAUUUAGAUUGUAAUCGAUUUGCAAAUUCAUCUUUAUGGUCCACAAGAUACACAUUGAAAGCAUACAGCUAUUCAAAAUUAUGUAAUAUAUUACACGCCAUGGAAUUUACUAAGAAAUAUGGAAUACCUGCAUAUUCGCUUCAUCCUGGAGUAGUCAGAACAGAUUUAUUUAUUGAAAUAUAUGGAGGCUGGAGGAAAAUCAUUUAUUUUUUGAUUUACCCAUUUUGGUGGUACUUUACCAAAUCCCCAGAGUAAGGAGCUUAAACCACUUUAUACCUAUCAUUGGAAGACAAAGAAAAUUUGUAAACAGGAGGAUAUUAUAAGGAUUGCUCUUUAUAAACUCCAAUGUUUGCUAAUGAACAAUUAGCAGCACAGUUGUGGGAUAAGAGCAUACAAUUGUUAAAGGAGAAACAAUUUGAUCUAUCAUAAUAGUGA